AUGCCUGAAAUGCUGGUGGAAAUGGAGCAGGCUUUUACGUGUUCUUCAUUAUUUCCAACUCCUCCAGGUGGUAGUAGAGGGUUAUUUUCAAGCCGGUGGCAUCAGUUCGCCUGGCAGAUGACCGAAACUUUCGACGGCUUCCCGGCCCGAGGCGGGUUUGUCCCGCUGCCCCCGGUGCUGGGCAGAGGCGCGACGGCUGCCCUCCGCGGCUCUGUUACACAGAGCGGGCUCCUCCGUGACAGGGACGGCAGCCGCUCCGCACGCCGUUCCUUCCCCAGGCUGGUGACGUUCUGUGCUCACGUGCCGCCAGCGGCGACGUCCCGCGGGUGCAGCUUUGGACUGCUGCGGCUGUGCGCGUCGGAGGAAGAUGUUGAUAUUCCCAGUAGGCGAGUUUUGAUUACUGGGGCUACGGGACUUCUUGGCAGAGCUGUGUUUAAAGAAUUCAAUGAAAAUAAUUGGAAUGCAGUUGGCUGUGGAUACAGGAGAGCUCAGCCCAGAUUUGAACAGAUUAAUCUUCUGGACUCUAUUGCAGUUCAUGACAUUAUCCAUGAUUUUCAGCCUCAUGUUAUAGUGCAUUGUGCUGCUGAGAGAAGGCCAGAUGUUGUAGAAAGUCAACCAGAUGCUGCUUCUCAGCUCAAUGUGGCUGCUUCAGGGAACUUAGCAAAAGAGGCAGCUGGAGUUGGAGCGUUUCUGAUCUACAUUAGUACAGAUUAUGUAUUUGAUGGAACAAGCCCUCCUUAUAAGGAGACGGAUGUACCAAAUCCCCUGAAUUUAUAUGGUAAAACCAAACUGGAGGGUGAAAAGGCAGUCCUGGAAAAUAAUGAAGAUGCUGCUGUACUUAGGAUUCCUGUCUUGUAUGGAGAGGUAGAAAGACUGGAGGAAAGUGCUGUGACUGUUAUGUUUGAUAAAGUGCAGUUCAGUAAUAAAUCUGCCAACAUGGACCACUGGCAACAAAGAUUUCCUACUAACGUCAAGGAUGUAGCAACUGUUUGCAGACAACUAGCAGAGAAGAGAAUGCUGGACCCAUCAGUAAAAGGAACGUUUCACUGGUCUGGCAAUGAACAGAUGACUAAGUAUGAAAUGGCGUGUGCAAUUGCAGAUGCUUUCAACCUUCCCAGCAGCCACUUGAGACCAAUUACUGAUUGUCCCGUUGUGGGUGCCCUUCGUCCAAGGAAUGCUCAGCUGGACUGCUCCAAGUUGGAGAUGCUGGGGAUAGGUCAGAGAACACCAUUUCGAGCUGGGAUCAAAGAAUCACUUUGGCCUUUCCUUGUUGACAAGAGAUGGAGGCAGACAGUCUUCCAUUAGUUUCUAACUUUUUUAGUAAAAGUAUGGUAUGUGGCACUUUUUUAAAAGAAGAAAAUAGUUUUGUAUGAGUGUUCUUAAAUUGUGACAUUUCUGAGUUUUCAUUUAAUCAGGUAAACAUAUGGUCUUGCACUAGUGAAACUGUUAGCCUAAAAAAAGUUCAGUGGCAACAGCUGAGCCUAUUUGAUGUCAUGGAUCUUUCCUUCCAUUCGUACCAGUCUAACUUAAUGUCUAUUCCUAGCAGAUUAUGGUUCUUAGUAAUCAGUACCAUUUGAUGCUAAGAAUGACUCAGAUCACUUGUAGACUUACUUCUGGCUGAAAUAUGUUGUUGAUGCUUUAAGGUCUGUGCCAUUGUUGUAUAUACCAUUUCUCUUCAUUAAAAGACAUGGUCAGUUCCUUUAUCACCAAAAAUCUGAGUUUUUUGUCUUUAACUUCUGAAGGUGGUGUUCUUAUGAAGUUAAACUGAAGUAGGAAUUGUUAAAUGUUUUGCUCGAGCUCUGAUCAAAAUGUUUUUUAAAAAAAGUGAAACUUUAUUUUUGCAAUUAUCAAGUGUACUUUUUAUGCUUGAAAUAUUUUCAGUAUGUUCUGGAAGUUGGAUGCUUGCAGCUUCAUAUUUGUACAGUAAGUUGUAUGCAUUUAUUUUAAUGGUGACACAAAAGCUAGAAGAGGGUGGGGAACAAAUAGUUUUGACCUGGGUUUUUUUUGGGUGGGGGAAUUGGAGUUGGAGGAUUUUUUUUUUUUCUUCCGUGGGGGUUGGUUGUUUUUUGUAUAAAAGCAUGAAAUAUCUUCAUCUUUCUUUUGGGUAGUAUUUGGGAUUGGUGAAAUUAGUGGGAGGAAGAUAUUUGUUAGUCAAUACAUGUGAGAGAGAGAGGAAAGGUAUUUCAAGAAUUUAUAGCACUGCAGCUUCUUUUGCACGGACUCUCAGAUCUUGCACUGAUGUAGCUUGUUUUAGAACAGCAAAGCGCCUGUGUUGAAGGUUUGCACCAUAAUAAUGUAACUGCAGUAGUCUAAUAUAAGCAAAUCUUUAAUCUGCUGUAGUCUAGUCCUUAAUGUUGGACUCAGUAGCCAGGUAAAGUGGAGGAAGAACAUGGUUUGUAAAGGUUAGCUUCCUUCUGAAGUUGUAGAAUCAACAAUGUAAAUGUUGUGAGAUUGCCAGCAGAUCAUUAGUAAAACUAGGAAAAGCUGCAUUUGGAUGAUCAUUUAUUUUUCUGAGGUUGAAAUGAAGUGGGAGGGGAAGAUGUUCAGCUUUUAAUUAAAAAAAAAAAAAAAAAAAAAGGGUGGGACACAUACAAAAAGAGACCUGAAGAUCUUCUAAAGGUCAGCUUUACAUUCAGUCAUUUAAUUUCCAACUGGCAUCUGCUAAGAGUCCAUAAUCCCGAUUUUUUUAGUCUGAAGUCCUGAUAUACACAUGGUAACCUAUCUCCAAAAUGACAAUAAAUAUGUAUUGCCAGCAUGAGAAACAGUUGUUGAUUCUUUCUUUACCAUCAGGAUUUGUUUAUCUGAAUCAUAAAUAUUUGCAAUUCCUCUUGAAAUCUAUGUGCCCUUUCAAUGAUUCCCCCCCCUCCCCCCCCAAAUUCAAUGAACUAUUUCCAGAGUUAGAUUAGGUUGGAUCAGUGUUUCUCUGUCAAUGUGCCGCUGCUUUGGGGAUGUGAUAAAAGUACACACAAAAAAAGGUACAGAAGGUUUUGAAAAUAUGAGUCUGAAACAUCCUGUGCCUCAGUACUUGAUCAGGAAGAUUCCGAGUACAUCCCCUCCACUUGCAGGCAGCUAAGUUUUUUAUUAAAUUUGACACCAUAUUUUAAAAAAAAAAAUCACAGUAAAUUGAAAACUGAUAUGAAAAAUUGGGGAUGGGGAUAAUAAAAGCCACAAGAAGAAAAAUUUUAAGGAACACUGAGGCGGGCAAUAGAUUUGCUGUUCC